ACUUCCACUCGGGCGUGAGGCGAGCCGAGCCGGAGACCAGACCCGCAGGCCGAAUUCGGGAGCGGACAAGAUGGCCGGGCUGCCCCGCAGGAUCAUCAAGGAAACCCAGCGCUUGCUGGCCGAACCAGUUCCUGGGAUAAAAGCAGAACCAGAUGAAAGCAACGCACGUUAUUUUCAUGUGGUCAUUGCAGGUCCACAGGAUUCCCCCUUUGAGGGAGGGACAUUUAAACUUGAACUCUUCCUUCCAGAAGAAUACCCGAUGGCAGCUCCUAAAGUACGUUUCAUGACCAAAAUUUAUCACCCUAAUGUAGACAAGUUGGGAAGAAUAUGUUUAGAUAUUUUGAAAGAUAAAUGGUCUCCAGCUUUGCAGAUCCGUACAGUGCUGCUAUCAAUUCAGGCUUUGUUAAGCGCUCCCAAUCCUGACGAUCCAUUAGCAAAUGAUGUAGCGGAGCAGUGGAAGACCAAUGAAGCCCAAGCCAUAGAAACAGCCAGAGCAUGGACUAGGCUAUAUGCCAUGAACAAUAUUUAAGUUGGAUCUGAUCAUCAAGUGGGCAUCACUUCUCUUCUGCCAAGACCUUCCCUUUUUUUGGUUUGCAUUUAAUGGACACAGUCUUAGAAACAGUACAGAAUAAAAGUCCCAGACAUCUUCAGUCCUUUGGUGAUUAAAUGCACAUUAGCAAAUCUAUGUCUUGUCCCCGAUUCACUGUUAUAAAGCAUGAGCAGAGACUAGCAGUAUCAUUUGGAUUGUUGUGAAAUGGUUUAAGAGCAGUGGCAUAUGCCUGCUUUUUAUUCGUUUCUUUCAUCAUGGUUUGAGUAUAAGCACUGUGAAUGAAGGUAGUUGUCAGGGUUAGCUGCAGGGUUGUGUCUUUUUGUUGUUUUGUUAUUGUUUUUAAAUUCUGUGGGCUCCUCUUCUCCCUCCUCCCCCCCCCCCCUUUUUAUGGUGUUGCUAAUUGCAUUGGUUAAAGCAGCUAACCAGUUAUAUUUUUAGAAUAUACCCUCUAGCUAAGUCUAACUCCUUAGACGCUGUAGAUGGACAAGCUUGAUUAUUUUUUUGGAACAAAAAUGGGAACAUUAAGCAAAGCAUCACAGCCCUUACUGAUAUUGUGAUUCUGCCAUCAGGUGUAGAAACCUCUCAAGAAAAAGCUUGUGACCAUUUUGUAUGGCUUGUCUGGAAACUCUUCUGUAAAUCCUAUGUUUUAGUAAAAUAUUUUUUUGUUAUUCUAAUUUGCCUUUGUACAGUUUAUUUUGCUGUGUUUAUUUCGGUUCCCUAAUGUGACAAUCGUAUUUAAGGAUUUAAACCAGAAGGAACAACUUUAUAUUUUUGGUCUUCCCCCUCCAACAUAUUAAAUAGUUAAGAGUUGGAUGGCCAACUACUGUUUUUGAAGCAGAUUUGUGAUCGCACCCUGCCGCACGAGUAUGUACAAACUGGCCAGGAGGAUAGACAAAGAUUUCAUCAGUAAUGGAUGUUCUUUCUAAAUGAUUUUAAGAAAAUGUGAUUAAACGUUUGCAACCUCAUUGGUUUGAUUAUCGAAUGGCCCUGUUUAGGAUGUUUGAAAAUCACUGUCCAGGAGAAAUACAACAGUUGUGGCGGGCCGGUGUGUAACUUUCCUUUGAUAUGUCACAUCAUGUCUGGAAUGAAUUUGUAAAUUAUUUUAAAUCCCAGUUAAUUUCUGGGGAUGUCAUUUUGUGGGUUGGAGAAAAAUUAGAGGUCAAAAGCCCUGCUAAUCAUUGGUUUUAAUUUACUGAGCUAAUUAAUUACCCCAGACCUGAAGAACAAACCAUCAGCAACUAGUCUGAUUAAGUGCCACCAAAAAUAUUUCUUCGUUAGGAAGAGUGAUGAACUUCUUAGCUGAUUAUUUUCUUCGACCUCAGUUUUUAUCUUGGUGAAUAUGUUUUCCGGCCCAGGUCUCUGAUUUGAUUCCCCUACCCCCUGCUUCAUCAUUUCUCUCCAUCGCCUCAGGCUUUCCUUUGCCUUCUUCCUUCCUCCUUUUUCUGACUCCUCGUUCUUUUCCAAAUAGUGGACAGGCCAAUCUGAACUAUGUAAAUUGUAUCUUGCAGUGCAAACCUCGUCUCUUAUAAUUCAAGGUGAUAGUCACGUAGUCUGUUUGACCUCUUCCCACUCCUAUUCCAGUAAAUCUGAAGUUUCUUCAAAAUGUGGUGUAUUUUAUUGUGCUCUUAUGUAAGAUGAAGAAAUAUCUAUUAAAAUUACAUUUUCAAUGUAAUUGUUUUUGGUGACUGGUAACUGGUAUUGUCCCUCAAGAUGCUCUGCCAGAUGAACGUGUUAGUUGAAUUCAGAACUAAUGAGAUUUUUGUGAGUCUGUAAAACAUGCAGAAAUUCUGAGGGCACAUUGCAACUUGCAGUAGAUCUGUAAUGAUCAGAAUGGUCAAACAUCUUUGACUACAGUUCCGAAACGGAUUUUUUUGUCCCAGACGAGGGAGUCUGGAUCCCUGUUGGACUUUCCGUGCAUGCCAUUAGUGGAAAACUGAUCAUAUUACAGGUAACUGAUCAAGGUACUGUUCCAUCAAGUACACGACUCAGUUUGAACUUAUCUUUACAUAGCAGGUGGCUCGGAAUUGUUAUCUUCUGACUUGACCAUACGACAUACCUAUUUAAGUCCAAAUUUUCGAAGGAAAAGAGCACUGUUGGUGAUAAUAAUCAAAUAACAUCUUCUUUCUUUUCAAAUGCUUGCACGGAUGUACUUGUCUUGAUAAAAACAUUCUCUCACGGUCCUUUUUUCUUUUCUUCUUCUUUUUUUUUAAGAGACCUGUUAGAGGCUGUGGAGGCUAGGUCUAAUUGGUUUGGAAGGAGCUGGAGGUAGGGCCUAACUGAUUUUGCUUUGGAAUCACAUUGGAAGAGGCUGUUGGUAAAGGGUGUAAAAACAUGAAGAGAAAUCUUCUUGAGGCACACCAGUUCUUGGAAAAAAUUUUAAUUUCGAUCUAAGAUUCCUCUUCAGAGUCAGUCAUGACCUUUUAUUUUUUAAGCAGUUUCACUUAAGAUAUGAAAUGCAACGUUUUAGGGCAGUACAGGACACACAGUAUUUGCAUGUGUUUUAUCCCUCUGUAUCACGUUAGUGUGCAUGUCUCUCGAUCUCCCGGAUGAAUUCUGAUAGGGAGUUGUCUUCAUUGAGGCUGAUGUGUAAAGCUUCUCAUGUGUCCCUCCAUUUUUACCCCAACCCCAGCUUCUUUCUCUUAUCUGACGUGUUCGAUCCACACACACACGUGACUCUUCUUUCAGGUGUUAAAGGAAUAUCUUUCAGGAGUCUCUGAUGAUGCCCCAACAUCUGUGCUUUCCAUUUGGGAUUCCCAAGUGUGACGGAGUGAGCCGAAAUUCUAGUAUGCCGCAUAGUUUAGAAAUGAAUGUGUUGGCCUUCAAUGUAGCAGAUCCUAUUUUCAGACCUUUCCGCUCCCCAUUAACAGAACUUCAGUGAGCGAGUGGCCCUUCGAAUGCUUUUGGCUGCUCUGAGAACUAAUACACACACAAAAAUCAAAUGAAAAAAAAAAUAGGACUAUUUUAUAUAUACUGUAUUAGGAUUGAUAGCCACAGGGUGGAUUUCACAAAUUUGGGGUCCCAGUUCUCUAAAUUGAAAAGAACAAUCACGCUAGUCAUGUUAACACUAAGAUCUGUGUGUGUAUGUGUGUGUAUUUAGGGAAGAAAAAAGGAAUAGGGUCCUUUACCUUUUAUUAUAGUUAUACUAACAAUCAAUCCUCUUGGUGAAUUGUCCUUGUCUGAUGCUUAGCCAUACACUGGCAUGGAAAUGAGGUUUAAGAAUGUAAUUUUACAUAAAAUCAUUAGAAUAAACUUGUUUUCGAGGUUGGGGAUUUCUGGAGUCUAAAACAAAAUGUCACUUUAAUAGCUUUCAAGAAAGCGUAUUCCCAACCCAUUAGUUACCGUUUAAUAAUUUAAUGGACAAGCUAAAGUUGAGCCAGUGUAAAAAUGUACGAAUGGGAUGGUAUUUCCCUUAAAAUGUAUGUACAUUCCUACUCGGAAUAAUGGAGGGUUACUCUUAGAGACAUGACUGGUUCCAUUUAUAACAUGUCUUGAUUGUAAUGUAAAAUACUGAAAUUAAAGGAAGACUAAUUAUUCAUUAUAUCCAUUGAACUCAGUUUGAAAGACAGCAGUCCUUUUCAUGGUACUACCGUGCUUUUGUUGAACAGUGGUCAUAAAAGUCAUUUGUCUGUGCAAAAUGUAAAAAAAAAAAUAAACUUUGGCAUUUAAAUGUU